UUAUUUAAUGGAAACGACGGAAUUGUGAAAUUGUGUUUCUCUUGACAUUAACGAAAUACCAACGAAGUUUUGCUCACAUCUGUAAUGGAAACGCAGCUACUGAGAGAGGUGGUCCAGUGGUCCAAAUGACUGAUUUACUGUGCAGCCCUGGUACAUUAACAAUCCCAACAAUUCAGACAGUUUUAGGGGUUUUAAUUAUCAUUAACGACAAAUCAAAAUCUUAUUAUCGUGAUAAUAUCAUUUAUCACGAUAAACGAUAUGACCAACCCCUACCUCUCACUGAGAUCAGUUCCGGUAAUUCAGCAUAAUUUUCUACACCAACAGCCGUAGGAGACCCCUCCACGUCCAACAUGGACACAUUUUUCCGUCGUCACUUCAGGAGGAAGGAAGCGUCCCAGGAGGCGGACCCUGCCGCCGCCUGCCGCCAGCGCCGGCCCAGUGUCGCCAUCCCCACCAGUAAGGCCCGCCGCCGCUCCAGCGUGGGCCUCCCAUCCUCUGCCCUGACCCAGCGCCGACGCUCUACCGUCCAGCCGCCAGCGCCAAAGAGAAAGCAUGGCCGCCGGCGGUCCAGCACCACCACGCCCAGCCUGAAUCCGCGGUUCGCCGUGUGUCGGAAGAAGGUGGGGAAGCUGCGGACCAUUGACACCCACCUGCUGGGGCCGUCCAUGCUGCUGGCCAGCCUCAUCCAGAUGGCGGAGGAGGACGAGGAGGGCCUGGGGUUGGAGCUUCCCACAGGGGAACAGCAGGUGGAGGUGAGAGGCGGAGUCAACAACAGAGCGGCAUUUUCCCGCUCCAGCAGCCUCCAAUCGGACCGAGACGACGACAGCAGCGAUUACUCCAGCAACAGCCAAUCAGAAGGCAGCCUGUUGUCGGCGACGGAGCAGCUGCCUGAGGAGGAAGAGGAGGACGAAGCCUCCACCUCCUCCCUCUCUACCUCCGCCCUGCAGGUCCUGAGGAAGCCUCCUGAUGUUCUGUCCCAAUCACGGCCCCUGAUCCGGGCCCCUCGCUGCCUUCGCAGGAACUCCUCCCAGGUGUUCGCCGGAGACCUGUCCCCGUUCGUCUGCUACCGCGGCUCCAGCCAGAGGAAGAGGAGGAAGAUCUCCACCGUCUCCAAGGCUGGGAGCCCCUGGCCGGGCAGAGGCCACCCGCUGCCCUGCCGCAAGAGCUCCGUCUACUACCUCAACCACCCGGCCUUCUACAGGGGCCCCGGGCCCCUCAGCCCUCUGGGGCCCCACAGCUAUGACUCCCGCCUGGAGAGUCUGAGUGCCUUCUUGCUGAAAGCCAUCGCCAAGUCGGGCCUGCAGAACGCUGCGACUCAGUCCAAUGCGUCCGGACAGACGGACUCUCAGCAGCCCAACAGCACCAUCGACUGGAGCGAGAACGCCCAGUAUGGGGAACACAUCUGGUUCGAAGCCAGUGUUUCUGGAGACUUCUGUUAUGUUGGAGAACAGUACUGCGUCGCCAAGUCUCUGCAAAAGUCUGUACCACGGAUGAAAUGUGCUGGCUGCAAGAUUUCGGUGCACGUCAUGUGCAUGGAGCAGCUGGAGAAGAUUAACUUCAGGUGCAAACCGUCGUUCAGGGAACCGGCGUCUCGAGCCGUCCGAGAGGCCAACGCCGUUCGACAUCACUGGGUCCACAGGAGACGGCAGACUGGGAAGUGUCGGCAGUGUGGGAAGGGCUUCCAGCAGAAGUUUACAUUUCACAGCAAAGAGAUCGUAGCCAUCAGCUGCUCUUGGUGCAAACAGGCGUAUCACAACAAGGUGACGUGCUUCAUGCUGCAGCAGAUAGAGGAGUGCUGCUCUCUGGGGGCCCACGCUGCCGUCAUCGUCCCUCCAACAUGGAUCAUCAGAGUCCGUAAGCCGCAGACGUCUCUGAAAUCCAGUAAAAAGAAGAAACGGACGUCACUGAAGUGCAACAAGUCGACCAAGAAGGGAGCAGAGCUCCAAGAUGGCCGCUGGAAGCCCUUCCUGGUGAAGCCCCUCCCCUCCCAACUAAUGAAGCCUCUGCUGGUGUUUGUUAAUCCGAAAAGCGGCGGGAAUCAGGGCGCAAAGAUCAUCCAGUCAUUCAUGUGGUACCUGAACCCUCGGCAGGUGUUUGACCUGACCAAAGGAGGACCCAGAGAGGGGCUGGAAAUGUACUCCAAAGUUCCCAACCUGCGGAUCCUGGCCUGCGGUGGCGACGGCACCGUGGGAUGGAUCCUGUCCGUGUUGGACCAGCUGAAGCUCCGCCCCCAGCCUCCGGUCGCCAUCCUUCCUCUGGGGACGGGAAACGACCUGGCCAGGACUCUGAACUGGGGAGGGGGUUACACCGACGAACCCAUCACAAAGAUCCUGUCGCACGUGGAGGACGGGAACGUCGUCCAGCUGGAUCGAUGGAACCUCAACGUGGAACCGAACGCCGAGGCUCGACCCGAGGAGCGAGAUGAUCAGCAGACCGACAAGCUCCCAAUCGAUGUCUUCAACAACUACUUCAGUCUGGGCUUCGAUGCUCACGUCACACUGGGCUUCCAUGAAUCCAGAGAGGCCAAUCCGGAGAAGUUCAACAGCCGCUUCAGGAAUAAGAUGUUCUACGCUGGGACGGCCUUUUCGGACUUUCUGAGCGGCAGCUCCAAAGACCUCGCCAAACACAUCAGAGUGGUGUGUGACGGCACGGAUCUGACGGCCAAAGUCCAGGAGAUGAAGCUGCAGUGCCUCCUCUUCCUCAACAUUCCCAGGUACUGUGCCGGCACCACGCCGUGGGGAAACCCCAGUGAGAGUCAAGACUUUGAACCUCAGCGUCACGACGACGGCUGCAUAGAGGUCAUCGGGUUCACCAUGACUUCUCUGGCGACGCUGCAGGUGGGCGGCCACGGCGAGCGUCUUCACCAGUGCAAAGAGGUGACCCUCACCACCUUCAAGUCCAUCCCCAUGCAGGUGGACGGCGAGCCUUGCAAGCUGGCGCCGUCCAUCAUCCGCAUCAACCUGCGUAACCAGGCCAACAUGGUCCAGAAGGCCAAGAGAAGGAUCUCCAUGCCGCAUCUGAACGACCAGCAGCCGGUUCCUGAGAAGCUGCAGAUCAGGGUGAACCGGAUCAGCAUGGUGGCAUACGAGGCUCUGCAUUACGACAAGGACCAGCUGAAGGAGGCCUCGAAGCCGCUGGGAGUCAUCGUCGUCCCGGGCGACAGCGACCUGGAGAUGUGCCGGCUGCACAUCGAGCGUCUCCAGGACAACCAGGACAACCAGGACCAGGAAGUAGAGCAGGACGGAGAUGAGAUGAAAGGAGAGAGUCUGUCGUCACAAAAACUCUCCAUCAACUGGUGUUUCCUGGACUGUACGACUGCAGACCGGUUCUACAGGAUCGACCGGGCUCAGGAACACCUGAACUACGUGACGGAGAUCUCUCAGGAUGAGCUCUACAUCCUGGACCCGGAGCUGGUGGAAAAGGAGACUGUGGGAACCUCCCCCAGUUUGCCGGACCAGUUCUCCUUCCCCUGCUCCCCCUCGUCACCCACCUCUCCCAGGCAGAGGAAGAGGAUCUCCAGUGACAAUUCGGUGUCAGAGGCUUUGACCCAGACCUCACCUAAAACUACUCUGCAAAGGAGAGGAGCAAAGAUAAUCAGUGUCGAUCGCUCCGUUACGACCGCGGCUGAUUUCAGACCAGCUGUUAGAACCUCCACUGCUACCUCACAGGACCCUGAAAAAGAUGCGGAGCUGAUCAGCUGCGUCAAGAAUGAGAACCUGAGCAGGCUGACGGAGCUCCACCAGCAGGGGGCGGAGUUAGCGCUGCAGGACGCAGACGGCUUCACGCUGCUGCAUCACGCCGUCCAGACCGGCAGCAAAGACAUCGUCAAGUACCUCAUCGAAAACGUUCCCGCCUCCCACCUGGACCUCGCAGAGACGGAGACAGGAGAGACGGCGCUCCAUAAAGCCGCCGCUCUCUGCCAGAGGAGCAUCUGUCACUUCCUGGUGGAGGCGGGGGCGUCGCUCAUGAAGACGGACCUGCAGGGCGACACUCCCAAACAUCGGGCCGCCAAGGCCGACGACCAGGAACUGGCCAACUACCUGGAGAACUGCCAACAUUACCAGAUGAUCCAGAGAGAGGACCAGGAGACGGCGGUGUGACCCGGACGCUUUUCUCCUGCCGACUCUGUUGUUCUUUUUAUUUUUUCGUUCUCGUUCUCCGCAGAGCUCCGUAUGUCGGAAUGUAAACUGAACAGAUCCUCUCUGCAGUGGAGCCAGAUGGAUUCUUCUCCUUCUUCUUCUUUUUUUUGUGCUUUAACUGAUGAGAGACGAGGCGUCUUGAUGAAUCCGGUUGCCUGAAGAAAGCUCAGUGCCGCGGCCGAACUGAGCGACACAAAAGGCUCGUGGACACUAAAACAAACUCAAACUAGUUUUUAUUUUCGAGCCACAAGGACGCACAGAGAGAGCGACGCAGCUGCUGGCGACCCACAGCGACAGCAUUCAUGUUUCUGCAGCUUUCAUAUCCAAUAAAGCAAAACGUGUCUUCUGUUAAACUUCUAGUGACCUUUUGGAUGUUCACUGCAAACAAAUAAAUGUUUGGAUAUUUAAUGUAGACAGCGAUGAAUUUAAAUAUUUAUGAUCAGAUUGUAGAGAUAAACUCACGUUGCCUGUAAUCAGUUUUUAAUGUUUUACUUGUCUGUUACAGCGGAGAGCUUUUGUUUUGAUGUCUGUGGACUGUAAAUACUCGCAAAGCCCUUAGUUUGUUAAAAAGAAGCCGAAUCCAGAUUCUGCCAAAGCAGCACAAAUGAUUAUAACGAGCUUCUACGUCAGUCAGGAGACUCUUAUCACUGUAAGAUAUUCAUGUAAGGAUUGUUUGGUUUCAUCAUUUCUGAAUGACCUGCAAUAAAGCAUGUCGGCAACAAAAUUA